UGUUGUAUUGCGUCAAUUACGAAACGUUGCCAUUUCCGCCUGGCAGACGAAAGGUCUACAUUUUGUGAUACCGAUUUACUCCAUCACGAUGUCUCUGGGUGUUUUAUCUCCUCAUAUAAACACUCCACAAAACAACCAAGGCAUACUUAUCGGCGAUAAAGUGUAUUCGGAGGUGUUUCUGGCUAUCGAUCGUUCGAUAAUACCCGAGGAGAGGCUCUCUACGACCCCGUCCAUGCUUGAUGGCCUCGACCAUAAGACUGAGACAGACCUGCGGAUUCUGGGCUGCGAACUCAUCCAGUCCGCCGGGAUUCUUCUGCGUCUGCCACAGGUGGCGAUGGCGACCGGACAAGUCCUUUUUCAACGAUUCUUUUACUCGAAGUCCUUCAUCAAGCACAGCUUUGAGAUUGUUGCCAUGACCUGCGUCAACUUGGCAUCAAAGAUAGAGGAAUCGCCGAGAAGAGUGAGGGAUGUGAUCAAUGUUUUCCAUCACCUGAAACAAGGAAAGGGCAAAAAGAGCACCCCUCUUGUCCUUGAUCAAAACUACAUUAACACCAAGAACCAAGUGAUCAAAGCGGAGCGCCGUGUCCUUAAGGAGCUGGGCUUCUGUGUUCACGUCAAACAUCCACACAAGAUUAUAGUCAUGUACCUACAAGUUCUUGAAUGUGAGAAGAAUCAGAUGCUGGUUCAAACGGCAUGGAAUUAUAUGAACGAUGCCCUCAGAACCAAUGUGUUUGUGCGGUUUGAACCUGAGACCAUUGCGUGUGCCUGUAUUUACCUCGCUGCUCGAGUACUACAGAUUCCUCUUCCUUCCAAGCCGUACUGGUAUCUUGUGUUCGGUGCGACUAAGGAAGACAUCAGAGAAAUAUGUAUCAGCACGAUGAAGCUUUAUUCUAGAGAAAAGCCUAACAGUGACCAGCUUGAAAAACAGGUGGAUAAGAGGAAGGUGGCCCUAGAGGAGGCAAGAUUAAAAGCCAAAGGACAGAAUCCCAAUGGCACGCCAGCUCUCGCUGCCAUUGGUGGAUUUUCCCCAGCAUCAAAACCCUCUUCUCCAAGAGAAGUGAAGGUUGAAGAAAAAUCGCCGAACUCUAAACUAGCGAAGGAGUCUGAGAACAGACAGUUGUUUCCAAAAAGCCCCUUAAAUGGCAGCAUGAAAAAGGAGGACAGCAAAGUGUUUCAGAAUGGGAAGAACCACAGCCGGUCUCGCUCACGAUCUUGCUCGCCAUCUCGUUCUCCACACAGACAUCGGAGGAGCCACUCAGGAACGUACAGCUCUCAGAGCAGCCACAGCCCAUCGCCACGGCAACACAAAGGUCGCAGAGCUUCACCAGUCACGCAGCUCAGGACGGAGCGAGACAGACAGAGCGAGUCUAGUCGGCACAGCAACAAAAGGAGGCGAUCACGGAGCCGAUCUUGCAGCAAUUCCCGCGAACGAGCACGUGACCGUGACUAUGUGAAACACAAGCAUGAUCGCGAUCACCACUGGGACCAUCGCGAACGAGACCGUGACAGAUCACAUGAUCACGGACGAAGCAAACACCAGAGCAGGUCACAUUCUGGACACAGCCACAGCAGACACAGGAGAUGAGAUGUGCGGCACUGCUGAAUGAAACCAAGGGAACUACGAUGGCAUUGGACAACAGGACUAAAUUGUAGAUUGGAAAAAUGCUUACUUCAAUACAAUGUUUCUCCAGAGUUAACCUUGUUAAGAAGUGGAUGUUCUCUCAAUGUUGUUGUUCUUGCAUCUGACCGGCUCAUAUAGAGUUCAGUUAGUUAGGCAAGGUAGUGGUGCCUUUUAUGUAUUUGACAAUUGUGUUUUACGUUAAACUUGAAAGUGAACAACAGACUGCUAAAAAAAAAUCUGACUAUAUAUCAGGGAUCACAUUUGCACAGGAAAGAGCAGACGAGACCUGUGCGUGUUAAAUAUUUUCCAAAUGCACAGCUGUGUUUGUGCACUGUACAAAUAAAGCUUAUUUUUAUGAUGACUUUGUAUUCGUCUCUCUUCACAAAAAAUAAAAAUGAUGCUAUAUUCAAA